AUGGGCCGAGAACAGCCAACUAUCGUGUUGCGACCGAACCAAAACAGACGAGACGAGCGCGCGAAACGAGCGAGAGAUACCAAGAACAAAGUAGUGCCGGACCUUCUACGGUCUUCUCCAAGAGCAAAGCAUGGCGUAGCAAGAGUCGAGCUGGUCGUCGAUCCAGAGGCGAAUGUCGUCACACCACAAAAUGGCACCGAUCCAUUCCCAAGAACAGACCUCAAGAUACGGGUGAAGGCACUGGACACCUUGACGGCGGCUGCACGCAUGUCGGAGAAGGUGCCAGCUUCGAAGCGCUCUGCGCCCGCCGUCAAGAGCCGCCAACAGAGACCGAAUGUGGCCGUACUCAAUAUGGCAUCGGCACUUCGGCCUGGUGGUGGUUUUCUAGAAGGCGCAAACAGUCAGGAGGAGUUCCUGUGCGCCCGAACAACUGUGUACCCUUCGCUACUGGACUCGUUUUACCGCCUGCCAGAGGUCAGCGGCAUCUACACACCAGACGUGCUGGUCUUCCGAGACCAUCUACCCGACGCACACGACCUCCCCAAGAGCGAACGGUACUACGUCGAUGUCAUCAGCUCGAGCAUGGUCCGCUUCUCCGAUGCCAAAGGUGAGGGCUGCAGCUGCGGCGUCAGCUACUGCGACCGUCACCGGGACAUUGUAAUGCGUAAGAUGAAAGCCGUCAUGCGGAUAGCGCAGAGCAAGGGCGUGGAGAAGCUUGUGCUCGGCGCAUGGGGCUGCGGUGCUUAUGGCAAUCCUGUCAAGGAGAUCGCAAAGUGCUGGCGCAAAGUCAUCGCCGGUGGCCAACGACAGCGGAGACCAAAUGCAGAGCGAUGGGAGGGUAUCAACGAGAUCGUCUUCGCCGUGCCAGACCGCACUAUGCUACGCGACUUCGAAUUGGCCUUCAGCGAUGUCCUCGCAGACGACCUCGUCUCACCAACUUCAGACGAACCGGUUGAUUCUGGUGCAGAGAUCGGUGAAGAGGCGGCCCGAACUUCCGAACUGUUAUCCAAAAUAGCAGAGACGGAGCUUCACAUUGAACAAGUCACCAACAUCCGUCUCAAAAACACCCUCCGCGACACCCUCGCCGGCCUGCAACGCGAGCUCAGCCAGGGCUCAGUCGUGCGCGCCUCUCAAGACGAAGACCAAGUCGCCGACGACGAGGAGGAGGACGAAGAGCUGGACGACUUUGUCACUUCUGGCUUCCCGCUCGGCUCGGAUAUCGAGGACAACUCGUUCUACAACCUCGCGGACUCGGAUCUCGAUUCGUCCUCUCCUGCCGACCCUCCGAGCUCGGGGGUCUAUGAGUUUCGCCCCGGCGCUCCGGGUCUGGAUGCUCACACGUCGCAUGAUGAGGAGAGCCAGGACGAGAGUCUGUACCCUGCACUAUCUCGCUCAUCCCAUUUUGACGAAGAAAGCGGGUGGUUCAACGGGAGUAUGGAGGGUCUGACGAAGUUCUUAAGUGACACUGGCAGGCUGAAGGGUAUGAGCCGGGAGAGCCCAAGAAGUCCGGAUGUCCUGCGGCCGCAGAGUAGUGGCUUGCCUGGACUGGAUGCGGAAGCUUUGCAUGUUUAUUUGAGUCGGUAUGAGGGGAGUGAUGUUAAGGAUUAUUGA